CUUUGGGGGUGGCUUUCUUUUACUCUUUCGACGACCCAUUUUUACAAAUAGUGAAACACAGUUUCCACGACUCAAUACUGAUCGGAUACUGAUCACACAUUCGAAAUCCAAGUAGCAAGUCUACCAUCUGAGUCGUCCCUUGGUUCACUGACUUUCGCGUUAAAAAUCGUCGUACACGGUGCAGAGAUGAUGGUUAUUUAAAAAUGGCGGACGCAUCGUCUUCCGACACUACCUCAGAUUGCUCCAGUGAAUAUUUUUCGGAUAUUUCCUCGGAGAAGUCCACAGAAUACGUUGUCGACAGCCAGAGAAUAAGUCUCAUCAACCGUCGUGUCGAAAGAAAUUUUUUGCAGAAACUUCUUAGCCGCGAGACAAGAGGCUCCUUAACCCAACACAACUAUGCCCCAGAAGAAAGACUGUUUACUACAAUACCUUCAUGGCGUCACUUAUCUUUAUUACAAAUUUUCCCCAAAUCUGCUCUCCAAGCAGGGCAUAUUGUUAUGGGGCUCACACAGUGUGGACGAUUUUUACUAUCAUAUACUUACACAAUAGAUGUAGGCACUCCAGGAAGUUAUUUCAAAUAUUUUUUACAUUGGUGGGCUUUCACACCUACCAAAGUAGCGAGAAAAGUAGCUGAAGUUACCCUAUUUGGUAACUAUAGUAUAUCUAAAGAGCUUAGUAUUGUUAUUGCUCAGUGGCCAACUGAAAGAAACAAGUUAGUUAUACAUGGUCUUUGUUCUAGUUUCCAGUCACAAAGUCAGCAAACUGACAAAGCUUAUGUCACUAUAACAACAGUCCCAUCUCUUAGUAAUUGUGCAGAUUGCCAAGUUAUAGCCUCUUCUUAUGAAGAAGAAGAUUUAGCAGCUAGCUGGGAUACUUGCGUUCGUUGCAAUUGUCUGCAACAUGGCCUCACAGUUCAUACAACCUAUGAAGUGAUCUCACCUUAUCCGAAAUUUCGUGCUGUUGUGUGCCUGAAUUAUGCUAACCACAUUGUAGUUAAUUCAGGAAACUUUUUACACGUUCUGAGGGUUGAUUUGGAAAACAUUAAACUAAAAAAUCAGAGAUCAAUAGAGAGACAAGAUUCGUCGGCAAUUGGCAUAGAACAAUUAGAUAUUAGCGUUCACGAAGUGGGAACCUCAAAAGCAGAGAACUAUGAUAGUUUAGAUGACAAAGGUUUAACUCCAGAAAGUAUGUCCGUCGUAUCGCCAAAGUGCGAAACCGCACUGACAGAAUACGAUUUUAAUGACGAGAGCCAGUGCAAAGUCGAUAACGAUAGUAUUCAAAAUACCUCGUGCAGCAGCAAUCAAAGCUACAGCGUCUGUGAUAACAUAAAAUCUAGUAAUUAUGAGAAAUCAUGUCACUGCAUAGAAUUACAGUGCCAGUGUAAUAAUCAUCAUCAGUCCGAACCACAAGCAAUAUCCGUUAGGGACAAAAUAUUGCAAGACUUCUGCGAAGACAUGUCUCAGGAAUUGAGUAUAAGUAGUGAUAUCAUAGCAUUAGUUAAGCAUCCACCAUGUUCUCCGAGGUCAACACCUCAGAGAAUACCAUUGGAUUUGAAACCUUUCACGUGGUCGUCACCCGUUCUCACGCCACCUUCUGAUAUUCUCAAGACCCGGAAUUCCGAUUCUAGUCACAGAAAUUCACCGCAACCUGGUGCGUCCCAAGGUAACGUUGCACCUGGUUCGCCACGUUUGAUGUCGCCACCAAUAACUAGGUCCUUCAGACAUUCGACCAGUCGAAAACGUGCCAACAUUAUCUCACCGCAGCCAAGAACACGAGCCAGCCACAAAGUAAGCUUGGAAGCGGAAAAAGCUUACGAGUUUACGGACGAUGCUCAAGAAACGUGUGAAAAGUUGAGCUCAUUUCGUAAACGACGACUUGCCGAUAAAAAGUAUGAGUUUUGCGACGAAACUGAAGAUGCUGAAAACAUUGUACCCUUUAAACACAUUCGCGAUCAAUCGAAAUUACGUGGAUGCACGAUUUAUCAGAUUUCUCCGGUUGCCUCACCACUGCCUAAUGGACGUAGACAUCGGCUUGAUUCGGAACACAGCGAAAGCGAUGAAUUGAAUGGACAGGAUCACGUACAUAGUGAUAUUUCAAUACUUGAAAUGACUGAAAAAAAUGUACUAAGGCCACUAAAUCAGAAUCAGCUGCCUAAUCUUUGCCGAGAACGAACAAACAAACCAUGCGUAAAUAACGUUACACCGGUGGUUCCUAAAGCCAAUUUGCAGUAUCCUAUUAUUAAGUGCACAUCACACUUCAAGCGGAGUUAUAUAGAUUUAGAUGAUGAAAGAACUUCUGUUAUUACUGACGUUGAAGAUGAAGAAACUGGUUGUUACGCAAGUUAUCAAUGCGUGCUACCUAUGCAGGUUCAUGGUGCAGAUUACGCACAGAUGGGGAUGAUAAGUAAUGCCAAAGCUGAAAAAUUGAAUAUACCUUUCGUCGCCAUUCAUCAAAUGAGUUUUGACAUUGAAACUUUUUCUCACCACAUCGCUGAUUGGCAGUGCAAAUUAUUCAAAAAGAAAUAUUGGCACUGUAGCGAUUACGACAUAGAAAUCAUUGAUAUAUGUGCACUUAGCGGCGAUGUAACACUGUUACUCAUCAUGAAAAUUCAAACCAGUGAACAAUCCAGUCAAGGGUUGAGCAUUAACGAUAGAAAACAGUAUGUAGCCGGCUGUAAAUUCACAUGGAAUGUUGAUACCAAUCUAUACCAUAUCAUGGCCAUAUUGAAAAUGAAAGAAGUUAAACCCGAUCCAAUACGUAUGGAAAAAUCGUCGAUUGAAUGCUCAACUGUUUCAUGGAAUCCAACGAAACUCAUUGCAUCACAAAUGAGAGAAAAAAUCCAACAACCUUACGCUCGACGGAUUCGUUACCUAAGCAACGAAUUAACUUUAUCGGAUGAGUCCAUAACGCGACUGAAGGACUUUGAUAAUCUCAUCGAAAUUUACAUAACGCCGCUGCCUAAUUGUUCUUAAGUAACCGAUGCAGUAGAUUUAAUAAAUUAUUAAUUUAACAUAAGUUUAUAUAAUUUUUAGUAAUUUUUGUUGUAAAAGUUUUUUUGUAAGCGUGAUUUGUACAUUUUAUCUUUUUAUUUCAUUAAAAAGUCGAUUUCUCAGAUCAUAUGCGAUUAUGUUUAGAUAUAAAAAUGUGAAUGAAAAAAUGUCUUUUUUCAUCUUUUUUUAGCUUAAUUUACGUAAUCAACAGUGUCUUAUAAUACAUGAUAGCUAUAUCAGGCAAGUACCACUUGUAAUUGGGUUUUUAAUCUUAUCGCGGAUUGUCUUAUAAUUUUAUGGUACAAUAACUAUACCAAAAGAACUGAAAUAUUUUGGUCCCAACAAAAUAAAGUAUGUACGUAUGUGUGAUACAAUAAUUGCCUUUGGCAUCUAAAAUUCAGUCU